AUGCCUGGAUCCGGUGCUGUGAAGGAAGACCCAGCGUACGAGAAGUUCUUUAAGCUAGUGAAGAUGGGGAUGCCACCAGAGCAAGUCAAGAUGAAGAUGAGUGCUGCUGGAUUGAAUGAAGACUUGCUAGACACACCCGACGCGCCAUCUCCCAAUCAGAAGGCGGGCAGUACCGGUGGAGGUCUUCUAGCGGGUCUCCCUCCUCCGAAAGAAGCGGUUAAAGUGGAUCCGUCGGCUCUGCAAGCAAGUCUGGCAUCUAAAGUGAGCAAGAAACCCGUCGCCAAGAAGCCUGAGGAACCUCAACUUCCGAAGAAAGAGACCGUGAAGCCGAAUGUCGAAUUGCGUCCUCUGUUCUGGACCCGUGUGCCUGUUAAUGUAGUUAGUAGCACUGUCUGGAUGAAGCUGAAUGACUCACAUGCCGAGCUUGACGUGGAUGAGAUGGAGUGGAUGUUUCGCAAAAAUCCGGUGGAUGCGUCGAAGAAGCUUGACGAGAAGAAGAAAGAAGCUGAAAAAGUCCCCGCUCAGCCCAAGGAGGUUCUUCUGUUCGACCCGAAGAGACAGCAAAAUGUAUCCAUUGCGAUUGCGCGCUUCAAAAUGUCGUCGGAGGAUAUCAAGAAUGCUAUCUACGCACUAGACGGCCAGAAAUUGGGCUCUGAAGUGCUGAACGUGCUCAUUUCGAUCUCCCCAACGUUGGAAGAGAUUGAUAUGCUCAAGAAUUACGACGGAGAUGUGAAGCUACUAGGAAACGUGGAGAAGUUUUUCUUGGAUUUACUGACUAUCCCGCGCUACACUCAGCGUAUCAAGUGCUUCAGGUUCAAAUUGCAGUUCGAGAAUCGUAUUCUGGAAACACAGGCGCAAUUGGAUACACUAGUCGCGGCUACGGAUCAAGUGACGGAGAGCGACAAGUUCCGGCGUGUGUUGGAGCAUAUUUUGGCCAUCGGAAAUUAUCUGAAUGGCAGUACACCUCGUGGUGGGGCCUACGGGUUCAAGCUGGACACUCUGAUGAAGCUACACACUCUGAAGUCGAUCGACCCUCGAGUCACGCUAAUGCAUUUCUUGCUACGUCAGCUGGAAGAGAAGGCCCCGGACGUCAUCACCUUUGCUGGAGAAGUGCCCCAUAUCGUUGAAGCCAAGAGACUGUCUCUUGAUCAACUGCGCGCUGACCUGUCGUCCUACAACACUGAGCUGGCCAUGCUCAAGGGCCAAGUGCGUGCGUCCAAGAACGAUCACAUUGAGGGCGACAAGUUCUAUGAAGUUAUGACUCCAUUUGCGAAGGACGCAGAAGAAGUACUGGAGGAACUCGGACGCGAUUUUAACGGCUUGGAAACGUCUUAUCAAGAGCUUGUGAGCUCUUUUGGAGAAGAUCCGAGGAAGGUUGGCCCGAUGGAAUUCUUUACUAUCCUGGACGAGUUUGUUACAGAAUUCAAGAAGGCCUACCGUCAGAACCAGACGAAGGAAUACCAAGCCAUAUACGAGGAGGCUGCUGCGGCUCGUGCUGCUGCUGAGGCUGAGAAGGCUGAACGAUUAAAGCGGGAAGCCGAGGAACGACAGCGACAAGACGAGGAGCGACAGCAGAACUCGCAGGAGACGAAGGCGAUUUAUGCUGAGAUCAUGUCCAUCAUCACUACGUGGGCUGGGAAGCAUUCGCCUGGCAAUGAAGAGGCAGUGAUCGAUCAGUUCAAGGACACGUCUCGGAAGUUUGGGCUGGAUGAGAUCACAGCUGAUGAGUUCUGUGACCAGAUCAUCCCGAACUCGGCGAAGCUCCUAUCCGACGAGGAGAAGCAGAAUGCAUUAUUGGAGGCAUUUGCGCGCUUCAAGGAGCAAGUGAAGAAAGAGAAAGAGUCAAAGAAGCAGCAGCGCAACUCUUUGGUUUCUCCUCCAUCUGAAGGACGCGAGAGAGCAGGAUCCUCUUCAGCAGGUCGUAGACGUAACAAGGUCGUGAUCCCGCUUCCCAUUAAGGAUAUCGAGCCUGUGGUCGGAGAAGAAGCGCAGUUACUGCACAAGUCAAUUUUGGAAUCACAGCGCACGAGUUUUACCAAUAUUUAA